GCGCGCCCCGGGGUGCUUCCCCUUCCCCGCUCCCCGGCCAUGGCCCCCGCGGCGUAGACAACUCCUCCGCCGCUGCCGCUCGGAGCCAGCCGGGGGGGCCCCCGGAUGGACGGGGCCGAGGGGCCCGAAGAGGGCUCUGCCCAGGACGCCCUGCAGUCCCUGAGCCAGCGGCUUCGAGUGCAGGAGAAGGAGAUGGAGCUGGUCAAGGCGGCCCUGGCGGAAGCCCUUCGCCUGCUCCGGCUGCACGGGGCCUCCCCCUCCCUGCAGGGCUCUGGCAUGCCAGCUCCUACACGGGACAGCAGCCCUGCAGCACCCCCAGGACUGCCACCUACAUGCAGCCCCUCUUUGGUGAGCCGAGGCACCCAGACAGACACCGAAGUGGAAAUGGAGCCGUCCCCUGCGCCCCCUGGCCUGAGCAAUGGGCCUCCAGCCCUUCAGAGGGGUGGUGAAGAGCCUAGUGGCACGCAGUCUGAAGGAGGGGGCAGCAGCAGCAGCGGGGCUGGCUCCCCUGGACCCCCAGGGAUCCUCAGGCCUGUGCAGCCCUUACAGCUCGCUGAGACGCCUCGGAGAAAUUCUUCCUCCUCUUCCUCCCCCUCUGAGCGCCCGCGGCAGAAACUCUCCAGGAAGGCAGCUUCUUCUGCCAAUCUGUUUCUGAGGUCAGGCAGCACGGAGAGCCGUGGGGGCAAAGAUCCCCUCCCCAGCCCUGGAGGUCCUGGGUCUCGGAGAAGCAAUUAUAAUUUGGAAGGCAUCUCAGUGAAGAUGUUCCUUCGCGGCCGCCCCAUUACCAUGUACAUCCCAUCUGGCAUCCGCAGCCUUGAGGAGCUGCCCAGUGGCCCACCCCCGGAGACCCUCAGCCUUGACUGGGUCUAUGGGUACCGGGGUCGUGACUCCCGCUCUAAUCUGUUUGUGCUGCGCUCUGGGGAGGUAGUCUACUUCAUCGCCUGUGUGGUGGUGCUGUACCGGCCCGGGGGAGGCCCAGGGGGUCCCGGAGGUGGCGGCCAGAGACAUUACCGGGGACACACGGACUGCGUUCGAUGCCUUGCUGUUCACCCCGAUGGGGUGCGGGUAGCCUCAGGACAGACGGCUGGAGUGGACAAGGAUGGAAAGCCCCUGCAGCCUGUGGUUCAUGUCUGGAACUCAGAGUCGCUGAACAAGUUGCAGGAGAUUGGACUGGGGGCCUUUGAACGUGGUGUCGGGGCUCUGGCUUUUUCAGUAGUGGAUCAGGGUGCUUUCCUCUGUGUGGUGGAUGAUUCCAAUGAGCACAUGCUAUCUGUGUGGGACUGCAGCCGGGGAAUAAAGCUGGCAGAGAUCAAGAGUACAAAUGACUCAGUUCUGGCCGUUGGCUUCAGCCCUCGUGACAGCAGCUGCAUUGUUACCAGUGGGAAAUCUCAUGUCCACUUCUGGAACUGGAAUGGUGGAGCAGGGGCUCCUGGGAAUGGGACCCUUUCCAGGAAGCAGGGUGUCUUUGGGAAAUACAAGAAACCCAAGUUUAUCCCUUGCUUUGUGUUCCUCCCGGAUGGAGACAUUCUCACAGGGGACUCUGAGGGGAACAUUCUUACCUGGGGGCGGAGCAUCUGUGAUUCUAAGACCCCAGGCAGAGGUGGUGCUAAAGAGACCUAUGGGAUUGUGGCCCAGGCUCAUGCUCAUGAAGGUUCCAUCUUCGCCCUGUGUCUCCGAAGGGACGGGACGGUGUUGAGUGGUGGUGGGCGGGACCGUCGGCUGGUGCAAUGGGGACCUGGGUUGGUGGCCCUCCAGGAGGCUGAGAUUCCAGAACACUUUGGGGCCGUGAGGGCCAUUGCUGAAGGGCCUGGCUCCGAGCUUCUGGUGGGAACCACGAAGAACGCGUUGCUGAGGGGAGAUCUGGCUCAGGGCUUCUCCCCUGUCAUCCAGGGCCACACGGAUGAGCUCUGGGGGCUCUGCACACACCCUUUCCAGAACCGCUUCCUCACCUGUGGCCAUGACCGGCAGCUCUGCCUAUGGGAUGGGGAGGGCCACGCGCUGGCCUGGAGCAUUGAUCUCAAGGAGAUAGGUUUCUGUGCUGACUUCCAUCCGAGCGGGGCAGUCAUGGCCGUAGGACUGAGCACAGGAAGGUGGUUGGUUUUGGACACGGAGACCAGAGAGAUCGUGUCUGAUGUCACCGAUGGCAAUGAACAGCUCUCAGUUGUCCGGUACAGCCCAGAUGGGUUGUACCUGGCCAUCGGUUCCCAUGAUAACAUGAUCUACAUCUAUAGUGUUUCCAGUGAUGGUGCCAAGUCGAGCCGCUUUGGCCGCUGUGUGGGUCACUCCAGCUUCAUCACUCACCUUGACUGGUCCAAGGAUGGGAACUUCAUCAUGUCCAAUUCUGGCGACUAUGAGAUUCUUUAUUGGGACGUGGCUGGAGGCUGCAAGCUGCUAAGGAAUCGCUAUGAGAGCCGAGACCGGGAAUGGGCUACUUACACCUGUGUGCUGGGUUUCCAUGUCUAUGUACCCGUGCGCGCGCGCCAAGGCACCGAGUCGCAUGUACGGGGGCCACGGCAGCCACGUGACCAGCGUCCGGUUUACGCACGACGAUCUGUUCCUGAUCUCCCUGGGUGGCAAGGACGCCAGCAUCUUCCAGUGGCGCGUGCUGGGCGCGGGGGGUGCGGGGCCGGCGCCCGCCACGCCCUCCCGGACCCCGUCCCUGUCUCCCGCCUCCUCCCUGGACGUCUGAUCGGCCGUAGACGGGACGUGGACCGGCCCUGCUGCGUGACUCCGCCCCGCCCGAGCCCCCCAGGUGGAGGGACGACCUUGCCCUGGCUGACUCCUCUCUAGACUUCCAGACAUUCCCGACCGUGCCUUUGCCUGGAGGGGACGAACGGCACCCUUUGCACACACUGUACAGACCCGCUGUGGCCGAGCCGGGCAGCCCCAGCCCGGGCCUUCACUCGCGCUGCCUGCUGAGGGGCAAUAAAUAGAAAAACAAAUUCG